AUGUCAGUUGUAUUAUUCCAGGUUAAUGGAUUGACAGCAUUAAUGUGGGCUGCCAGGUUUGGACAUGUGGAAGUGUGUCGACUUCUCCUGGAGAACAGAUGUAAAAAAGAUAUCAGAGAUAGAGAUGGACAGACAGCAUUAAUGUGUGCUGCCAGUGAAGGACAUGUGGAAGUUUGUCGACUUCUCCUGGAGAACAGAUGUAAAACAGAUAUCACAGAUAGAGAUGGACAAACCGCUUUACAUCUGGCUGCUAAGUGGGGACGUCUACAGACCACAAGAUAUCUCGUAGAACAAGCUAGUAUCAGUCCCUUGGUCAAAACACAUCAGGGUGAGACUCCGUAUGAUCUCGCAGCAGCAGAAUUCUGGCCAAAUAAAGAAGUGAUGGAAUACUUACAGACUGCUGUUCUAAGGACGCAAGAGUCUUCUAUGUUUGGCAGAGGAAGCUACGAAUCAUUUGACAUGCGCUGCAUGGUAACCGGCCAGUUCGCUACUGGGAAAUCAAGCCUAGUCAAGCUUUUAGUUGGAGAUAAUGUUCCAGAAGGGCGAUAUGCGACUGAUGGCAUUUCCCUCGUUGAAGGUCGCUGUGGACUCGAUAUUGAGACCAGAAGUUGGAUUAUGAUAGAUCCAGCAACCUAUAAUGCCUUGGAUGUGGUGUACAAUAAAGUGUUAAUGACCUCGAUAGAAGAAGAUGAGAGUCAACGUCAAACAAAAACACCAGAAAAACAGGAAUCAGUUGCAAAACCUGCUGAUAGUCAAAAUAAAGAAGAUACUAAUUAUCAGAAGUCAGAUGCUUCCGAGUCACCAUCUUUUCCUGUUAACCUAUCAGAUGGACCUUCUUCACAGCCACAAGCAGCUCAAUCUGUGUCCCCACAAACAUCAUCUAGUGAGUCUAAAACACAGCAAAUGAAGAAGAAAAUAAAAACAAAAAUGACCAAAAAGGAAAUAAGAAAAAGAAUGGAGAAAGUCCUAAAAACUGGUAAAUAUAAGAUGAAAGUUGGCAGACUCAUCUUCUGGGACUUUGGUGGACAGUAUGUCUAUUAUACAACACACCAGACAUUCAUGACUUACAGAGCUUUGUUUCUAGUAGUAUUUGAUGGAAGCAAAAGAUUGAAUGAAGUAAUCCCUGAUGUACUGUGUUUUCCAGGACAGCACAUGAACCCAACCCCAGCAGUCUUUUUACUGCACUGGGUAAACUCAAUCCUGACCUAUUGUAAGGUGGUGUAUCCUGGUAUCCCUAAGAUAUUGUUUGUUGCCACCCAUAAGGACAAGGUACCAGUGGAGGAUGUGGAAACCAGACGUGCACUAUUGCACAGCGAAGUACAGGAAUUAUUUAAGGACCACGAGGGACGAAAUCAUCUUGUCCUUGACAAACAGAUAUUUGUCAAUGCAACUGAUAAAAAUGAUCAAGAAAUUGAAUCACUGAAGAGAGCCAUCACAGAGCUUACUUUCGAUCAUCCUUGUUGGGGAGAGAAAAUGCCUAACGCUUGUAUUCCCCUUGAACUUGAGAUUGCUGAAAUGGUAGCUGCAGGAAAGCAAAUCUUGUCAUUGGUAGAACUUGAAGAAUUGAAUUCAAUCAGCAAGGUGUCCGUCCUGGAUUUAGAACAACUUCAUGACUUCUUACACUUCCAACAUUCCCUUGGCAAGAUUAUCUACUUUGAUACCCUUCAGCUCAGGAAUUAUGUAAUAAUUAACCCACUUUUCAUGGUGGAGGUUAUGAGAUCAUUUGUGACAGACAUAGGGUUUUGGCCAAAGAAAAGAAGAAUGCAAGUAAUUUUCAGUAGAAUGUCAGAAACUGGUAUCAUACGCAGAGAAGACCUUUAUCAGAUUUGGGAACAAAAGGACUUCCGUCCAAUUUUACGAUACAAAGAGUUUAUAUUCAAUAUCCUCAUUCAUUUGGAUAUUCUGGCAGAGCAACGGAGAUAUGACACAGCAACUGGAAGUCGGUUACCAGUAGAGAACUUCUUUGUUCCCUGUAUGGUCACACAAAGAAAUACCACCAGCUUCAUGAACACAGAAUGUACACCAGAGAAAGCUAUAUGUUUGGCCUUUGUUUUUAAAGGAACUGUCAUACCACCAGCUUUGCCCAAUCGUCUGAUCAGUGCAUGUCUGAGCAUGUGGACUUUGAAGCAGUAUGAAGGGAGAAAACUCCUCUUUUCAGGAUUCAUUUUAGUCUCAUUUGACAAGGCACAUGAUAUUUUAGUAUGUGUUGAAGGCAACAAAAUUCUUCUGUACAUAGUCCAUAAAACAGCCGCUGGACUGAUAGUACCAGAUAUAGCUACUGGAGUUAAGGAAUGUUUGGUUACAACAAUGGAGAGAAUAUCAGAUUUUUAUCAGUCCACAAUCAAUGUGAAACGCAGCCAACAAUCACCUUUCCAUAUUGAAUAUUCAUGUUCAAAUCUGAAAUGCCUCAUCAGUGAAGAAGAAGCUUUGCAGACCAACGAAUGGGUUUGUGAUGAACAUAAACAAACACACAGAGCAGGACACUUCGCUGUUUGGAAUCAAGAUAAGGAAAAAGAACAAAAACAGUGUGAACAGAACUGUCAAGGUUUACGAGAUGAUGCUUUGAAUCAAAUUCCAAGUGAUGUUGAGCUUCAACGAUUCUCAUUAGGUUGUGACGAAUCCACAAUACAAACAUUGGCCAUACAUCUUGGUAUGACUUUGAAAGAAUGGGAGAAACUCGUAACUGAUUAUCGUUGGAUUGAUAUUGUUAAGUAUAGAAUACUGGUCAACUGGCGGGAAAAAAACUCAGGAAGAUUCCGCAACCUAGCAAAAGCUUUAACAGAUAUGGAUGUAUCGACUCAUACCCUUUGUCAGGUUAAAAGAAUAAGAAAAGGAGAGUAUGAUAUCAGCGAGGAAUACAUGGAUUUAAUUCCAACCGAUGAAAUACUAGAUGAACUGGCACAAGUAAUAGGAGUUGUAUCCUUCCAACUGGGUAUAGAAUUAGAAUUGCCAAUAACAUCAUUAGAUAUUAUACAGUAUAACAAUGAUCGGAAUUUAGUGGCACAAUGUAAAGACAUUUUAUAUGAAUGGAGAGAGCAGGGAGUCAGGUCAACCAUAGGUGUUCUCGUCAAAGCUUUGGUAAAUGUUGGGAGAGGUACUAAGUGUUUGGAGGAGAUCAUCAAAAGUAAAGGAGUGAAGAAAUAUAUUCCACAAGAAAAGGUUGAAGAGGAGAAACAAGGAAAGUUAAAGACACUAAUGAAAAAAAUGAAUCCUUUUCAGAAGAAGAAAUAGUACUAAAACUAUUCAGUCAAUAUGAUUUAAUAUUGAUGUAUGUCAUACCGUUGCAUGUUCAUGUGUGUUGUUUCAGGGAACAAUUGUUAUCGUUUUUGGUGGGGUCUUAAUGUAAAUAAUGUUAACAUUCAUCAGCACAAAAUCAAGAAACAAAACAUGGUUAUUAAGCAUGUUAAGAAAGUACAUAGCAAAUUUACAUAUUACAGUUGUGUAGCAUUAUAAAUUCAGGAUAGCGACACAGGCUCAUUAGCUCCCCUAGUUCAUAUAAAUAUCAAAAAUAAUAAAAGAAAUAUAACAUUGUUAACAAGACUGUACAUAGAGAAUUCAUAUAACAAUAGUGUAGCAUGUAAAUCCAGGUGAGCCCAAGUUUCUCCACAGGUUUAUAUGAGUUCAUGUCACCUAUAGAGCUGUUCAUCCACAGGCUUGAUGGAGUUCAUAUUACUUGUGGAACAGUUAGUUCUGACACAGGAAAAAGGGAGUUCAUAUAACUUAUGGAACAGCUUCAGUUUUAUGGAGUUCAUGUCACAUGCGUGUUGAGCAGUUAGUUCCUCCAGAGGUUUAAAGAAAUUCAUGUCAACAGUUGAACAGCUAGUUCAUCUUCUAAUUUAAGGGAAUUCAUUUCAUUAGUGGAAUAACUGGUUUCUCCUCGGAUCUUAGGGAGUUCAUGUCACAAGUUUAGCAGUUAGUUUCUCUGCAGGUUUAAUGGAUUUUAUGUCAAAAGCUAAGCAGAUAGUUCCUCCACAGAUUUAGGGAGUUCAUAUCACUAGUGGAGCAGCUGGUUCCUUCACAGGUUUAAUGAAGUUCCUGUUCCAAAUGGAGCAUCUAGUUUCUCUACUGGUUUUAGGGAGUUCCAUAGCUGUGAACCUCUGAAUUUGAAAAUGAUCAUAACGCGUAUGAACUUUUUCGGUCCAAUUUUAUUAUUCAGUUCACGUCACUUAUGGGGCAGCUGGUUCCGCCAAUGGUUUUAGGAAGUUCAUGCACUAGUGAAGCAGCUAAUUCCUCCAAAGGUUUUGGGUAGUUAAUGUCACUAGUGAAGCAGCUAGUUCCUCCACAUGUUUAACGGAUUUCCUGUCACAAGUAGAGCAGAUAGUUUGUCCACUGGUUUAAGAGAAUUCAUGUUACAAGUGCAGCAGCUACUUCCUCUUGAUUUAAAACUGUGCAUGUCCUUAGUGCAGCAGCUUGUUCCUCCACAGGGUUAACAGAUUUUCUGUCACAAGUUGAGCAGCUAGUUACUCCUUUGAUUUAAUGGAGGUCAUGUCACUUGUGGAGCAGCUAGUUCUUCAACUGGUUUAAGGGAGUACAUGUCAAUAUGCGAUCGGCUAGUUCAUCCACAGGUUUAAGGGAGUGCAUACUGCUAGUGGUGCAGCUAGUUCCUCAACUUGUUUUAGGGAGUUUAUGUCACUAGAGGAGGAGCAAGUUUCUCAUUUGAUUUAAAAAGUUCUUGCCCAUAGAGAAGCAGCUAGUUUCUCCACAAGUUUAGUUGUGUUUAUGUCAAAAGUGGGACAGCUUGUUCAUCUGCUGUUUUGAGGGAGUACAUGUUAAGAGUGUGGCAACUGGUAUCUCCUAUGCACUUAGGGAGUCCAUGUCACUUGUGGAAGAGCUAGUUAUUUCUCGUAAUUUAGGGAGUUCAUAUCACUUGUAGAGCAGCUAGUUACUCCUCUGAUUUCAGUGAGAUGAUCUCACUUGUGGAGCAGCUAGUUACUCCUCUGAUUUUAGGGAGUCCAUGUCACUUGUGGAGCAGCUAGUUACUUCUCUGGUUUUAGAGAAUCCAUGUCACUUGUGGAAUAACUAAAUACUCCUCUGAUUUUAAGGAGAUCAUAUCACUUGUGGUGCAGCUAGUUACUCCUCUGAUUUUUUGUGAAUCCAUGUCACUUGUCAAGCAACUAGUUACUCUUCUAAUUUUAGGGAGUUCAUAUCACUUGUGGAGCAGCAAUCUACUUCUCUGAUUUUAGGGAGUUCAUUUUACUUGUGGAGCAGCUAGUUCCACCUCUGGUUUAAGGGAGAUCAUGUCACUUUUGGAGCAGCUAGUUACUCCUCUGAUUUUUGGGAGUCCAUGUCACUUGUGGAGCAGCUAGUUACUUCUCUGAUUUUAGAGAAUCCAUAUCACUUGUGGAGCAGCUAGUUACUCCUCUGAUUUUUUUGUGAAUCCAUGUCACUUGUCAAGCAACUAGUUACUCUUCUAAUUUUAGGGAGUUCAUAUCACUUGUUGAGCAGCUAGUUACUCCUCUGAUUUUUGGGAGUCCAUGUCACUUGUGGAGCAGCUAGUUACUUCUCUGAUUUUAGAGAAUCCAUGUCACUUGUGGAAUAACUAAAUACUCCUCUGAUUUUAAGGAGAUCAUAUCACUUGUGGAGCAGCUAGUUACUCCUCUGAUUUUUUGUGAAUCCAUGUCACUUGUCAAGCAACUAGUUACUCUUCUAAUUUUAGGGAGUUCAUAUCUCUUGUGGAGCAGCAAUCUACUUCUCUGAUUUUAGAGAGUUCAUUUUACUUGUGGAGCAGCUAGUUCCACCUCUGGUUUAAGGGAGAUCAUGUCACUUGUGAAGCAGCUAGUUACUCCUCUAAUUAAAGGGAGUUGAUAUCAAUUGCGGAGAAUAUAAUUACAUAUCUGAUUUUAAGGAGAUCAUAUCCUGGUAGAGCAGCUAGUUUCUCCUCUGAAUUUAGAGAGAUAAUAUCACUUGUGUAGCAGCUAGUUACUCCUCUGAUUUUAGAAAGAUCAUAUCACUUUUGGAGCAGCUAGUUACUCCUCUGAUUUUAGGGAGAUCAUGUCCUGGUGGAGCAGCUAUUUACUCCUCUGAUUAUUUGGGAAUCUAUGUCUCUUGUCGUGCAUCUAGUUACUCUUCUGAUUUUAGGGAGUUCAUAUCACUUGUGGAGCAGUAAGUUACUUUCUGAUUUUAGGGAGUUCAUUUUACUUGUGGAGAAGCUAGUUACUCCUCUGAUUUUAAGGAGAUCAUAUCACUUGUGGAGCAGCUAGUUACUCCUCUGAUUUUUUGUGAAUCCAUGUCACUUGUCAAGCAACUAGUUACUCUUCUAAUUUUAGGGAGUUCAUAUCUCUUGUGGAGCAGCAAUCUACUUCUCUGAUUUUAGAGAGUUCAUUUUACUUGUGGAGCAGCUAGUUCCACCUCUGGUUUAAGGGAGAUCAUGUCACUUGUGAAGCAGCUAGUUACUCCUCUAAUUAAAGGGAGUUGAUAUCAAUUGCGGAGAAUAUAAUUACAUAUCUGAUUUUAAGGAGAUCAUAUCCUGGUAGAGCAGCUAGUUUCUCCUCUGAAUUUAGAGAGAUAAUAUCACUUGUGUAGCAGCUAGUUACUCCUCUGAUUUUAGAAAGAUCAUAUCACUUUUGGAGCAGCUAGUUACUCCUCUGAUUUUAGGGAGAUCAUGUCCUGGUGGAGCAGCUAUUUACUCCUCUGAUUAUUUGGGAAUCUAUGUCUCUUGUCGUGCAUCUAGUUACUCUUCUGAUUUUAGGGAGUUCAUAUCACUUGUGGAGCAGUAAGUUACUUUCUGAUUUUAGGGAGUUCAUUUUACUUGUGGAGAAGCUAGUUACUCCUCUGAUUUAAGGGAGAUCAUGUCACUUGUGGAGAAGCUAGUUCCUGCUGAAUCCGGGUCCGUUCGCGCCCAUUCACGUUCGCACCCACUCAUGUUCGUCCCUUUUCAUUUUCGCACCCCACAUGUUCGCACCCAAAGUCCGUUCGCACCGUACAUGUUCGCGCCCAAUUUAAUUUUUAAU